CGAGGCGGUGAUAAGAAGGAACCGGAGGCGGAGCUUCCACGGAAGAACCGACGCUGCUAUCAGUGACUCCCGGUAACGGUAAGACGGGCGGCGGGGACGAGCACAGCGCGCCACCGAGGGGGAGAACAUGGUCUCACUGUGGCUCGCGUGGGUUUGUCUCGUGCAGACCUCUGGGAUGCUGCUGUCUCACGUGGAGAGAUAUGAGGUGGUCCGACCUCGGAGACUUGAGGGGAGACAGAAGAGGAGCCUGCGGGACAACCGGCUGUAUCCUGACACGGUCCGGUACGAGCUGGCCAUCGAAGGCAGGAACCACACAAUUCAUCUGGAGAAAAACAGGAAUCUGAUUGGCCGAGGCUACACUGAAACACACUAUUCAGAAGACGGGUCACGGGUCACGGCUUCACCAAAGGAAGAGCACUGCUACUACCACGGCCACGUCGAAGGCAUCAAGGACUCGUCAGUCAGCGUUGGGAUCUGUUCAGGCGUUAGUGGCUUUGUGAGAGCGCGGCAGCAGGUUUACCUGAUCGAGCCCCUGGGACAGUCUGAGGAUGGGGACCACGCGGUUUACAGACCGGAGCACCUGAAGACCAGCGGCAGCGCCGGCUGGGGCUCCUCGUCCAACAACACCCCGCUGUACGACCAGGACCCGGUCCAGGGCCCUCGGCUCUCUGGCCUCUUCAAGUCCAGAUCAUGGGUAGGUGAUGUGUCUGGAACCAAACCCCAAACAGUGGCUGGACUCUCGGACUCUCCAGAGUUGCCCCCGGCUGAGCGCAGCUGUGAUGACAGGAUCCCCGGAGUACGAGAGGGUCUGCGUAGACAUAGGCCAAAAAGCUCAGAAAUCCAGAUGGGGCUUGCAAUAGAGCCGAUGCUGUGGUGGUUCAGGCGUCUGAUCUUGAUCUUCCUGGUUAACCUGAUCAUGUUUUGUCUUCUCUUCCUCCAGUAUAAGCGAUACGGAAGCGAGACUAAAUCCCGUAUUCUCGGAGCUAUAAAUCACGUUGACAAGCUGUAUCGACCUCUGAACAUUCGCAUCAUGCUGGUGGGCUUGGAGAUCUGGACACACAAAGACUACAUUGAGGUUGACCAUAACUCAGAGACUACCCUGGACAAUUUUCUAGUGUGGAGGCAGGCCGAUCUUCUGCCGAGGACGAAGCACGACAACGCCCAGUUUGUGACGGGCAAAGAUUUUGAAGAAGAAACAGUUGGACUGGCAAAUAAAUUUGCCAUGUGUACUGAAAACUCAGGUGGAGUCAAUCACGAUCACCAUGACAACCCAUCAGGCCUGGCCUCCACCAUUGCUCAUGAGAUGGGCCAUAAUUUCGGCCUGUCCCAUGACACCGAAGGUUGUAUGUGCGGUCCGCUUUACAGCAGAGGGAACUGUGUGAUGCUAAAGAAGCUCAGGACGGGGAAUCAAGCGUUCCCGGAGUUUUUCAGCGACUGCAGUCUGGAGCAGCUCGCGGAGUUCAUGGAGCGAGCUCAGCCGAGCUGCUUGUCCAAACCCAGCUCCGUCAGGACCAUCGCUGCAGGUCCUAGCUGCGGCAACGCCCUGCUGGACCCUGGAGAAGAGUGUGACUGUGGCACCGUGGAGGAAUGCACAAACCUGUGUUGUGAUGCGUCAACAUGUCGUCUGACUUCAGGCUCUCAGUGUGCAGACGGACAAUGCUGCGACAACUGUCAGUUCAGACCGGCUGGAAGUGUGUGCAGAGCGUCGGCCGGUGACUGUGACCUGCCUGAAUACUGCACCGGAGCGUCGGAGGACUGUCCUGAAGAAAGUUUUGAGAUGAACGGGAAGUCCUGCUACAACCAGGCGCAGGGCUUCUGCUACAACGGACAAUGCCCCACACACCAGCAGCACUGCUGGAGGCUGUUUGGACCAGGGGCCAGAGUUGGACCAGAUGCGUGUUUUAAUCUGAACAAACGUGGCGAAGAAGGCGCCAACUGUGGGAGGAACAAGUUGGGCUACCUGCCCUGCACUGCCCCGAAUCUUAAGUGUGGAUCUAUGUUUUGUGGAGGAGGGGGCGAGUCCAUCACAGGUAAAAGAGCAGCCUACACUGUGAACAGCAUCGCAUGUAAUCUGGCUGUGGAUGACGAUAAGACCAGAAACAUCGACAUGGUGCCGGACGGAACCAGAUGUGGACCAGAUAAGGUUUGCCUCGACUACAGAUGUGUCGAUAUUUCAGUUUAUGGGAAAGAGGAGGAUUGUGCAAAGAAAUGCAACAACAACGGGGUGUGUAAUCAUAAGAAAGAGUGCCACUGUAACCCCGGCUGGGCUCCACCCUACUGUGACAUCCAGUACGCAGAUUUACCUCAAGGUCGGAGUGGGAUAAUAGCCGGUGUGUGUGCAGCGCUCUCCAUUAUUCUGGUGAUCACCACGGUGAUUGCAGGGCUCAUGUGCUGCAAAAAGGACAACGUGGACAACUACGCGGCCAAAAGGAAAGUGCAUUCUGCUCCAGACAAGCUGAGCCCGAUGUUUCGAGGCAGACCUCAGAUCAGUCAGCCCACUUUCAUGGAGUCAACGGCAACGCAAGCCUACGCUCCUCUGAUUGUUGCUGUGAGUCCCAGCAGAGCCGCUCCACAGCCACCAAAGAAUCGGUCUUCAGUGUCGUCUUCUACCUCACAAACUGAGCCGACCAAACCUCUACCUCCAUCGAACCCUUUACCUCCUCUUAAUCAAACUCGGAAUAAGACAGCCAGACCAAGUCCUCCUCCUGUCCCUCCAGUGAAGCCCAGUCCUCCUCCACCUCCAACGAAGCCGCAAGUUCCCAGACUCACAUGAACGUCUCAUUCACAGUUGCAGCAUGUAGUUGAACGUGAGAGAGCGAUCCUUUUGGGGAUCAUUCAUGUGAGUCACAGAGGCCGAAGACUUUGGAAAAGUUUCCUCUUUGUCUUAAAGACGGCUUCACCGACUGAGAAUGUCUUUGAUGACCAACAGCUUCACAACUGUGGAAAUUAUUUGGGGGGGGUCAUUAAUGUAACUGCGGGUGCA